GUAGAAGUGGAGCGGCCGCGGCGGUAGCAGCAGCAACAGCGGCGGCGCAGGAGCUGAGGCGCAGUGGGUGCUGUGCAGCGGCCGCGCCGGGGCCCGGGACCGAGCUGCACGCCGCCGCGCGCGGCAUGCCCCGCCGCUCGGGCUGAGCUGCCCCGGCGGCUGCCCCGCGUCCCCCGUACCUCGCGCGGCUCUGCGCCCCGGGCGCCAGCGCGACCUGCUGCGCUCGCGGCCCGUCUUUGCCCCGGUCUGGAGGCCCGAGCCCGCGGCCCCGGCCGAGCCGCCGCCCCCGCGCGCGCCGCGCCGCCCCGCCGCCCGUGGGGACCUGCAGCCGCGCCCCGCCGCGCGCCCGCCGCCCCUCGUGCCCCGGGGGCGCCGCGCGGGCGCCGCGCCGGCCCGGGCUCUGCCGCCGCCGCCUCCUCGCCUGCGGCCGCCGCCGCCGCUAGUCGCGCAGACGCGGGCUUGGGCCGGCCGGCGCGCGCGCGCGGGAUCCACGGGGGGCGGCGGCGUCCCCUCACCCGGCUCCUCCUGCGGCGCGGCGGGCUGUGCGGACAUGGCCGCGGCGGUGGCGGUGGCGGCCGCCUCUCGGCGCCAGUCGUGCUAUCUGUGUGACCUGCCCCGCAUGCCCUGGGCCAUGAUCUGGGACUUCACGGAGCCCGUGUGCCGCGGCUGCGUCAACUACGAGGGAGCCGACCGCGUGGAGUUCGUCAUCGAGACGGCCCGCCAGCUGAAGCGUGCUCACGGCUGCUUCCCGGAGGGCCGCUCCCCGACCGGUGCACAGCCCGCAGCCGCCAAGCCACCGCCACUGUCGGCCAAGGACCUACUGCUGCAGCCGCCGCCGCAGCUGGGCCACGCGGGCGCCGAGGCCGCGCGCGCUCAGGCUAUGGAGCGCUACCCGCUGGCGCCGGAUCGUGCCCCGCGCCUGGCCUCCGACUUCAGCACGCGUGCGGGUGCAGGCCUCCCACAGUCGGCCGCGCAGCAGUCCGCGCCGGCGAACGGCAUCCUGGUGCCCAACGGGUUCUCCAAACUGGAGGAGCCGCCGGAGCUGAAUCGCCAGAGCCCGAACCCUCGGCGUGCACACGCCGUUCCGCCCACUCUGGUGCCUCUGGUCAACGGUUCUGCCGCGCUGGGGUUGAGCGGCCGUGCUGCGGCCACACUGGCCGCGGUGAGCGGAACACCGGGCCUGGGAGCUCAGCCCGCCGAGUUGGGCACCCACAAACGCCCGGCGUCUGUGUCGAGCGCGGCGGCGGAGCACGAGGCGCGCGAGCCGAGCAAGGAGAAGGCGCAGCCCGCGCACCGGAGUCCGGCCGACAGCUUAUCCAGCGCGGCCGGGGCCAGCGAGCUGAGCGCCGAGGGUGCAGGCAAAGGCCGCGCGCCCGGGGAGCAGGACUGGGCCAGCAGGCCUAAGACGGUGCGGGACACGCUCCUGGCGCUGCACCAGCACGGCCACUCGGGGCCCUUCGAGAGCAAGUUCAAGAAGGAGCCGGCUCUGACUGCAGCAGGCAGGUUGUUGGGUUUCGAGGCCAACGGGGCCAACGGGUCUAAAGCAGUUGCAAGGACAGCAAGGAAAAGGAAGCCUUCCCCAGAACCGGAAGGGGAAGUCGGGCCCCCUAAGAUCAAUGGUGAGACACAGCCUUGGCUGUCCACUUCCACAGAAGGGCUCAAGAUCCCCAUCACCCCUACAUCCUCUUUUGUGUCUCCACCACCCCCUACUGCCUCUCCUCAUUCCAACCGGACCACACCGCCUGAAGCGGCCCAGAAUGGCCAGUCCCCAAUGGCAGCCCUGAUUUUAGUAGCAGACAAUGCCGGGGGCAGUCACGCCUCAAAAGAUGCCACCCAGGUUCACUCCACCACCAGGAGGAACAGCAGCAGCCCGCCCUCUCCCUCCUCUAUGAACCAAAGAAGGCUUGGCCCCAGAGAGGUGGGGGGCCAGGCCACCGGCAGCACCGGAGGACUGGAGCCGGUGCACCCUGCCAGCCUCCCAGACUCCUCUCUGGCAGCCAGCGCCCCCCUGUGCUGCACCCUCUGCCACGAGCGGCUGGAGGAUACUCACUUUGUGCAGUGCCCGUCUGUCCCUUCGCACAAGUUCUGUUUCCCUUGCUCCAGACAAAGCAUUAAACAGCAGGGCGCUAGCGGAGAGGUCUAUUGCCCAAGUGGAGAGAAGUGUCCUCUGGUGGGCUCCAAUGUCCCCUGGGCCUUCAUGCAAGGAGAGAUUGCUACCAUCCUCGCCGGAGAUGUGAAAGUGAAGAAGGAGAGAGACUCGUGACUUUCUGCGUUCAGAAAAGCCCAUGGUUACCCUUAACUCAAACUUGUUGAACUGUAUAUAGAUCUCCAUACAUAUAUAUAUAUAUAUAAAUAUAAAUAUAUAUAUCCAAGACAAGGGAAAUGUAGACUUCAUAACAUGGCUGUAUAAUUUUGAUUUUUUUUGAAUACAUUGUGUUUCUAUAUUUUUUUUGACGACAAAAGGUAUGUACUUUAAGGCAUUUUCUUCUUUUGUUAACGUUGUUAGGCUGUCUGUGUUUGACUCUUUGGGUGACAGUUGCUGUUCUUUGUAGGCUGCGACUUGGCUGCUUUUGUUUUUUUUUGUUUUAUUUUGUUUUUUGUUUUUUUUUUGUUUGUUUGUUUUUAAAGAGCACUUGGCAAACAAAUGCUUCUAGCUGUAUUUGUAUGCACUUAUUUUAAAAAAGAAAAAAAGCCAAAUACAUUUUUUUCUGACAUUGUAAGAUUGCCUUACUGUCUGUCAUUUCUCCUCGCUGGCCUCUCUCAGGCUGGAGGCCAGUUGGUGGAGGAGAAAGGAAGUGAGUGGAAGGGGGACACCUGUCACAAGGGCAUUCCCCGUCCCCCAGGAAAUGUCACCCACCUUUCCGAGGGAGGGAAAAUGGGGUUUGAAUCUUGUCAACGGUUCAGCUCUUGCAAUACUGGUCGUCAGAGGUGCUGCUGAAAGGUUAUUUGCAACAUUGUGUGUUCAGGGUUUGUUUUGUUUUGUUUUUUAAUGGAAGGCAAGCUAGCUGAUGUUUGCUCUGCCCACGUGACCGGUUGUAAGCUUUCAGUGCUGCGUGCUCCUCCUCCUCGGUGGCCCCACCGGUGGUUCCAGCUGUAGAAGUAGUUGUCAGGGUGGUGUGGAAAUCAGGUGGCUUUCCUGCUGACCAGCCUGGCUCUGAGGUGCUCCUUAAGUGUUGCAGGCCCCGGGUGAACUUGUGGGAUUCGUGUUUUCUUCUGUUCUGGUGUGUUUGGUCUACGUGUUCAGUUCUUGCCUGCGUGCUGUCCCCCUUGUGACGAGUGCUUACUGCAGUGUGCACGUUGAUAGUCACAGCCUUGGAUGCUGCCAGGAGGACCUGUGGGCACUGUCAGUGGUGGGCCCAGUGUGGGUAGAGGAAGCCUGCAGUUUUUCCUUAGGUGUGUCUGAAAUACUAAGAGAAUAAUACUGUUCUGAAAAAAAAAUGAGAGAGAACCUAGUGAGAAUACUUACAUGAAGGGUUUUUACAUAAGCAAGCCCCACCUCUAACUAUUUUUAGAAGCCUCUUGUAAACUAAUUUCUUUUGGUCACUAUUUUGCCUUAGUGAAGUGAUUGUUUUUAAUGUAAACAACAUCAGGUCAUUAGCUACCAGUAGUGGUGCCCUUAGUGAUGCUGGUUUUGUGGGUUUUUUUUUUUUCUUCUUCUUUGUGCUUUUUUUUGGUUUAAUGUCAACAGGAACACUACCCUCUCAACCCUGACUUGAGGUGUUUGUAACUUGGCCUUGUCGGCUCAAUCAUGGCUUCUAAGUCUACUAUGGUUUGUGUGUUGUUCACAGCCUGGCUUCUAUUUUAAUUUGAAAAUAGAGAUUAUCACCAGCUUGACAUCAUUUCUAGUUACUUAGUUCUUGGUUUUGUUUUUUGUUUUGUUUUUAGUUUUUGUUUUUAACCUUUUUUUUUUUUCUUUAGUAGUCAAGUUACUAACACUUGACACUGAAGCAAAUACAGUAUUUCUUGUCUGGUUUUUCUUGAGUGCACCUCGGCCUCUGUUAUCUUGUUACCAGUUGUGGUGUUACAGCCGGGCUUGCAUGAUUAGACCAGUUGAUCCUAACUGUGACUCAGGUCCGACAGGUCUCUCUCUGAGGCAGAUGUACACACACACACACACACACACACACACACAAAGCAGAGUCAGUUUCACCUGCCCAUAAAGACAUUUGUGAAGGGCUCAACUAUUAUGGUCUGUACUAUAAAUGUGUUUCUAAGCACUUUAUUAUAAACUGGAAUUUGGCCUCAUAGAUGUUACAACUAGAUUAGUCAUUUGACCUAAUUUGCUGUGGCUGUCUGUAAUCUCAGCACAGAUAAGGUCUCCAAAAAAACCAAGAAUAAAGAACCAUCCUGCUGAACAGAAGUCUGUCCAGCAGCAGAAACGGCCACCUGUGGUUUUUCUCUCUCUACUAGUAGCAAGGCCAGAUCUGACCUGUUUAAAAGGGGCCGUAGUUUGAGAUUAAGGGUGGACUUCAGAAGGCUUGAAGCUAAAGUGUUGUCCUGGAGUGGGGCGGGGCAGGGUCGGGGGAGUCUUUCUCUGGCCUACUCUGAAACCGGUCACACGGGGCCCUCGGUUGAUCUUUUCUUGUCCUUGAUGACACUGUGGAUGUAGUCCACAGCUGGGUAGAGAUGUCAGGUUCCCAACACUGCUUCUGCUGUGACUUUGAUAUGCUCAGAAUAGUGGGGGGGGAUGGGGUGGUCGGUCAGGUUUUUGUUUUUUUUUCUUUUAACAGUUUAUAGAAUUUAACAGAUAGAGUUAGUGUCUUUCAUGUGGCCUCACUCUGGAGUUAAUGAGAACAUACACGUGGUUUACAGCUUUUCUAUAUACCUUUCCCUGGCCACCAGGUGUUUUGAAAGUGUGCCACCUUUCAAACUUUGCUUUAUUUUUUUUUUAAGUCGAAGGUGAUAAUUUUUCUAUAUCUGAUGAAACUCAAUGUCUACUGAAAUAAGUGUAAUCUGAGCUAUCAACGGUAUAUUUUAAACCCACGCUAUGGAGAUAUCACCUGCAUUCUGUCAUUUGUCAGAUUUACAGUACUUUUUUUUUCUUUUAGCAUUAAAUAAAAAUAAAAUUGGGAGCACUGAA